AGAUAUUAACGAAAAUUUAGGGGCACACUUUAAAAUGCCAUACAUCUAAAAAUAUCAAACGGUUUCUUAAAAAUUAUUACAAAAAAAGUUAAAAAUGGCGAGAAUUUUGGUUGUUGGGUCUGGAGCUCGGGAACAUUGUUUAUCAUGGAAGCUUAAACAAUCAGAGAAAGUUGAUGUUGUGUUCGUUGCCCCCGGUAAUGGUGGUACACAAAAAGAGCAAGACAGUCUAAUUUCUGGAAACGAUAUCCCAGAUGUAAAUAAUUUUACAGCUCUCGCUGUUUGGUGCCAGAAAAAUCAAAUUAAUCUUGUGGUUGUUGGGCCAGAGAUCCCGCUAUCUGAAGGAAUUGUUGAAGUAAUGCAAGAGCAUGGUGUCUUGUGUUUUGGUCCAUCUUCAAAAGCUGCAGAAAUUGAGUCGAAUAAAUCAUUUGCGAAAGAAUUUAUGAUUCGUCAUGGCAUUCCAACUGCUAGAUAUGAGAUAUUCACGGACUGUGAGACCGCCUGCCACCACAUCAAUACUGCUCCUUAUCGCGCUCUAGUGGUCAAAGCAAGUGGUCUUGCCGCUGGAAAAGGAGUUGUCGUAGCAAAAAACAAAAUUGAGGCUUGUGAGGCUGUUAGAAAUAUGCUAAAUAAUGGUCAGUUUGGAGAUGCAGGUUCUACUGUUGUGGUUGAGGAGUUACUUGAAGGGGAGGAGUUCUCCAUUUUAUGUUUCAGUGACGGUUGCCAUGUUAAAGUUAUGCCUCCUGUCCAGGAUAACAAGAGAGUGGGGGAGGGGAAUGUUGGGGCAAAUACUGGGGGAAUGGGGGCUUACUGCCCAUGCCCACAGGUGUCUGAGGAAAUGGUUCAAUUUAUAAAAAGUGAGGUUCUGGAGAGAGCUGUGCGGGGUUUGAACCUGGAAGGUCGGACUUUCAAAGGAAUUCUUUAUGCUGGGGUGAUGGUUACAAAGGAUGGGGUCAAAGUUUUGGAAUUUAACUGUAGAUUUGGUGACCCAGAAUGUCAGGUCAUUCUUCCCCUUCUAGAAACUGAUUUAUUUUCCAUUAUGAUGUCAUGUGUCAAAGGUCAUCUGAACUCUAUUGACCUCCAGUGGAGACAAAACUCGUUUUCAGUUGCUGUGGUUAUUUGUAGUAGAGGUUACCCAGGAGUUUGUGAAAAAGGGAAAAUUAUUACAGGAUUGGAAAACAUUACUAGCAGUGAUGCUGUAAUUUUUGAAGCUGGGACAUCAUAUGACAGUGCUGCCAGUCAAAAAGUUACAUCUGGUGGUAGAGUGUUGACCGUUGUAGCUACAACUAAAUCCUUGGAAAAAAGUAAUGAAAAAGCAUUAGAUGCUGCAGGAAAAAUUGUUUUUGAAGGAGCUUUUUAUAGAAGAGACAUAGCCAAAAAUGGAAUAAAUUUCUUAGAAAGAAAUCCAAAUUUAACCUAUGACAACUGUGGAGUUAGUAUCAAAAAAGGGGAUUCCCUGGUCAAGCAAAUAUCUUCUGAUGUUAGAAACACAGCAAGACCAGGUUCAAAUCCCGAGCUUGGUGGUUUCGGUGGAAGUUUUGACCUUGAAAAAGCUGGUUACAAAAAUCCAAUGCUGGUAUCUGGUACUGAUGGAGUGGGAACAAAAUUAUUGCUUGCUCAAAAGAUGAAAAAAUGUUGCGACAUUGGAGUUGACCUUGUUGCUAUGUGCGCUAACGACGUGCUGACUCAUAACGCUGAGUCAUUGUUUUUCCUUGAUUACUAUGCGUGCGGCUCGCUAACACUCGAUGUCGCAAGAGAGGUUGUAUCAGGAAUAGCAAGGGGAUGUAAGAUGGCAGGCUGCGCUCUGAUUGGUGGGGAAACUGCUGAAAUGCCUGGUGUGUAUCCAACUGGUAGUUAUGAUCUCGCUGGUUUUGUUGUUGGUGCAUACGAAAAGGGACGUGAUCGUCCUUUACCCUGCCUUGAAGAGGUCAUACCUGGUGAUGUCAUCAUUGGCGUGAUGUCAUCAGGUAUCCAUAGCAACGGGUAUAGCUUGGUUAGAAGGGUGGUGGAGAUAAGUGGAUUGGAAUUGAACGACCCAGCUCCAUUUGAGGAAGGAAAAUCGCUAGGCGAAUCACUUUUGACACCGACUGCCAUCUACAGCAAGCUACUUCUUCCAGUGCUUAGAUCAACCAAUCAGAUUCGAGCUGUGGCGCACAUCACAGGGGGUGGAAUUGUGGGUAAUUUAAAACGAGUGUUGCCUAGCAACAUGGCAGCCAUAUUGGAUGCACGUUCUUGGCCUCUGCAGUCAGUGUUUGGUUGGAUCGCUUCGGUUGGAAAUCUUCAUACAGAUGAAAUGUUAAAAACUUUUAACUGUGGUCUUGGUCUUUGCAUUGUGACAUCACAAUCUACUGCCGAUGAUGUCAUAAUGAAAUGCAACGAUGCUCUUUCUUCUAUUAACCUCAAGUCUUACAAAGUGGGGAAGGUUGUUUUAAAGAAAGAAAACACAGAAUCUGUAGCUGUCAAUCAUCUUACUGAGAUGCUUUAUAAAAGCUACAGUCACAAGACUCCUAAACUGACCAAUGGAAUUGCUUCUGGUGAUCAUGGAAAAAAUGGAAGUAAAACUUCAGUUGCCAUUUUAAUCUCUGGGACAGGAAGCAAUAUGCAAGCCCUAAUAGACCACAGUACACACAAUGAAUGCUUGUACCAAGUGAAAUUUGUUAUUUCAAAUAAACCUAACGCUCCAGGAUUGCUCAAAGCACAAUCUGCAGGGAUUCUUACAAAGGUUAUCGACCAUAAAGAGUUUAAAACUCGAGAAUUGUUUGACCGGCAAGUUGAUGCUGCUUUGACAAUAAACAACAUAGAAAUCAUAUGUUUAGCUGGAUUUAUGCGACUUUUAUCAGGCUGGAUGGUUAAAAAAUGGAGAGGACAAAUUUUGAACAUUCAUCCAAGCUUGCUCCCUCUAUUUAAGGGAAUAGAUGCACAUAAACAAGCUUUAGAUGCUGGUGUCAGAAUAUCUGGUUGCUCCGUUCACUUUGUUGUGGAAGAAAUGGAUGAAGGAGCUAUUAUUGAGCAAGGGACUGUGAGAGUUGAGCCAAAAGAUGACAUCACUAGUUUACAGGAGAAAAUAAAACUUGUUGAACACAAAGUGUUUCCUAAAGCCCUUGAUCUAGUAGCUACUGGCAUGGCUUCUUUACACAGUAGUAAAAACAAAGUUGUGUGGAAAAAUUGAUGUUUAAUAACUAAAAUUUCAUAUAUUGAAUUUAAUGCAAUUAAGAAGUACCUGUUAAUGUUGAUGCUUGUAGGGCAGCAAUUGAACAAGCCAAACCAAUGUAUGAGUUUGCUGCAUUUUGUUAUGUAAAGUCAUGUGUUCAAUUGUACUGCUUGUUUUUAUUUCUGUUCUUAACAAAGUGACCCUUUUUGUGUAAAACUGAGUUUUAAAAACUGAGAUAAACCACAUUUAGCAUUAUUACUAUUUGCAAUCAUAUUUGUAGUAACUGUGAAAUACCAUUAAUGGUCUUCAAUUUUAUGUCGUUUUACUAACUGACUUAGUCAGUAUAAUAUCAGGGAUUUUGAACGUUUUUGCUGUACAUUUUCACUGCCGAAUCUAUCAAUACACCAUUUUUGUAUAUAAUGCAGAA